UGUGACGGCACAGACGGAUUCCACACAGCCUAGCUCACAUCAACUUGUUCCCACCAUGGACCUGAAAAUCCUGUUUACAGCCUCACUUGUUAUUCUAGGAGCAGCCCUCGCUAUCUCGCUGGCAGACGGCACAGCGCAGUGCAAAAUUAAGUGGUUGUUUGGCAUCCCGUGUACCGACGUCUACGGAGCCCUGGUGAACCAGAUCAAGGCCUGGCAGAUUGAACAAAGCUGCUUAAACGCCGGAGAGAAGUGCUCUUAUGAACUUGUGUCGACUUCUCCCUACCUGAUAAAAGCCACGCACACGUCGCCAAAAACGAAGAACGUCAACGACCUUCAGUUUCUUCUGGAGCAGUCGACUGUUUGCAAAGUGACUGGCGAUGGAACGUCAUUGCUUUACAAAGACCCAGCAGAUAACACCAACUUCUGCAGCCUCCAAAACCUGGUGGACGGAAGCGACCUGAUUGAAGCUGAGGGCUACAAGCGCUUCACCAACAAGUGGAUCUGUGCUGGCUUUGAGGAUGCCAACUGCACUUUGUCAUAAGUGUGCAUAUUAGGGCUGUCAGACAAAUAAAAUACAAAUAUUUAAUCAUGAUUAGUCACAUUUUGUGCAUAGUUAACUCACGUUAAUCACUUUAGUAUAUUUAAUGUGUACCUUAGGCAGAUCAUUUUUAAGUAUCUUGCAAAUGUUUGUUUAUUAUAUGUGAUGCUUCUUUCAACAGCUCAACACAAAAUGGACACAAACACUCUUUUGUCGACAAUAAAAACAUUUA